UGCUACCAGGGCUGCUGGGAAGAUGUGCACGUCUUGUUCUCUUCAGUUGCAGGAUCUAUUGCCAGCUAUGUGGUAACCAGAGCUGAGACACAGAAAUGCUCUGACUUCUGGAUUUUUCUGGAGACAGGCAAGUCCCCACAGGACCAUGCCAUAGCUGACAGGAUGUCUCAGCCCCCAGAAAAUCUGCCCAGCCCAGAGGGCAGAGAAACUGUGGCACCGCCAGUGAGGAGGAACAAGUAUGGAGAUGUUGUGGAGUAGCCAGUGGAGCAUGCAGUACCACGCCUGUGUCUUGCUGCAGCUUUGUCUUCAUCUCUUCCCACCUGCACAGCCUGCCACUGCCUGUGAGACUGGUGGGGGUUGUAGUACUGCCCCCAUGAGUUCAGAUGAGUCAAACGUGCGAUGAGAGUGUGGUGGAGAUGAGAUUGCCACCCUCCCAGGUGGCCUCUGUGAGCAUCAGACAUGAGGAAUGCAAUAAAAAUCCAGAGCUGAAAGUGCA